AUGAAGUUCAGUAUCUUUGCCGGUUGUCUUGCAGCUCUUGCCGGUUUAUUAGGAAAACUUGGUGCUGAUGGAGACUCAAGCGCGCUCGACCUUCUCGACAAACAAUGUCAUAUGUCAGCUCUGUCUCCAUUCUGUUUUAUUAUAUCGUCUGCUGUCCGCAUACUGUGCUUAGCACUCAUGCUAGGCACUAAUGGACUUAUGCUUAGCUGCUUUGUUAAGAGUUUGCAUGAAACAGACUCACUCACCGCUACUGUCACAAGUGCAGCCGUUAACUUCAUGUUGUCGGGUGCUGGUGGCUUUUUCUUCUUUCAAGAACACCUGCCCGCGCGUUGGUUUCUAGGAGCGAGUCUCAUUCUCGUUGGAAUGGGUUUUUUAUUACAUGGGGAUGCGACUGAGGAUGAUUCAGAACUUAAGAAAAUAAACUAG